AUGCCCUUUUCAAACUUCCGCGUACCAUCUUCCGCCUCAACCGUCAAUGUUAGGGUCAUCGACUCAACAUCGAAGAUUGGGGUGAGCAUGGCGGGCAUGGUAUCGCACACCAUCAAAGGUCAUUCUUGGCUUUCGUGUCCCGCCUACGUUUUUCUCGUUGAGCACCCACCCACCGGCCGCAAAGUCUUGUUCGAUCUUGGGGUGCGCAAAGACUUUGAAAAUCUCGCACCCCCAAUCCAGCACUGGAUGAAAGAAAGUAGGACGACAUGCAGCGUCGAGAAGGACGUGAGAGAGAUCCUCGAAGAGGGUGGUGUUGAAGCAGGCGAGAUCGAAAGUAUCAUCUGGAGUCACUGGCAUUGGGAUCAUAUUGGCGACCCGAGCAGAUUUCCCCAGAGCACGUCGCUGAUAGUCGGCCCUGGCUUCAAGAAUAUUCUGACGCCGGGAUACCCUACGAACCCGGAAUCCCCAGUCCUUGAGUCUGAUUUCGCGGGCCGGGAACUCCGGGAAUUGAACUUCGCCGAAUCAACCAUCAAAGUUGGCUCGUUCCCUGCCAUCGACUACUUCGGGGACGGAAGCUUCUACAUCUUGGAUGCGCCAGGUCAUACCGUUGGUCAUGUGAACGCUCUUGCGCGGGUGACAAGUGGCUCGGAUAGCUUCAUUCUCAUGGGCGCAGACACCUGUCACCAUAGCGCCGAGAUGAGGCCAUCCAUUUAUAACCCGUUGCCCGACUCGCUAUUACCACACCCAUUUCACCUAAGAAGUGGGAUUCCUUGCCCUGGCGCACUAUUCAAGCCAAUCCUCCGAGAUGAAGACACAACCAAACCAUUCUAUGGCGUUCAUCGACCUGGUAUGAUAUUCGGCGACCCGGAUGCCGCUGAACAGACCGUAGACCGGAUCAUCGACGCUGACGGAUGUGGAAAUACUCUUGUUAUAAUUGCGCACGACAACCAGUUGAAGGACGUUGUGCAGACUUUCCCGAAAUAUGCAAAUGACUUCUUGAAGAAAGGCUGGAUCGAACAAGGCAGAUGGUUGUUCUUGAAGGACUUCAAGGAGGCAGUUGAUGGAGCUCAUAGUGAGAAGUUAUAG